AUGGACCAGCUAGCACAAAAGCUUGCAUCUCCGAGGAGACGAGCACUGGGAACAUGCGCAGUAUUGUUGUGGGGACCACCGGGUUGUGGAAAGAGUCAGAUCGCUCGUGAAUAUCUAUGGCGGCAUCGUAACGAUUAUCCGGCUGGUUGCUUUUGGGUUGACUGCAAAACAGAAGAAUCAAGGUCGAAAAGCUUCUGGGAAAUCGCCCAGGCUGUUGCAAUAUACGGGGACGAACCAUCUCGGGACCCUGCAUGGGACGAGUCGUCGAAGUUUGUGGGUGCAGUGCGGAAAUGGUUCGAAGCACGGGAGGGAUGGCUCCUUGUGUUUGAUGGAAUCACAACAGACAAUGAUGAUGAUAUUGGGGCACUCGCUUCUUUCAUCCCAGAUCGCAUAGGGAGCAACAUCAUCUACACAUCCGUCGACCGCACGUUGGCCAAGCGCCAAAGGCUCCUCAAUCCUACUGGCGUCAAAGUUUUCCCCUUGUCACAGCACGAUGCGUGUGCCUUGUUGUACAAGAAUCUUGAUAUCAAAUCGCCAACUGAAACGCAGGCCAAGAAAGCAAUGCAGUUGGUCAAACACUACGAAUGCCUGCCACUAGCGAUUCACGCUGCAGCACAUGCCUUGAUCGCACGCGGGAUGUCUUUGGAGAAAUUCAGUCCUGGAACUUCAGAUCAUCGACUUGCAGAGCCAUAUCUCGACAUCCUCACAGCAUUAAGAGAGCAUUCACAUCCUGAAGCUGUGAAUCUCGUCACAUUGCUUAGUUUCUUUGCGCACGUUAUCCCAGUUGCCCUUAUUCGCUUCGGGCAACCGGUUUUGCAAGAGUUUGGCGUCGAGAUCCGCUCAGUCGAAAGCAUCGGAAGCAUGAAGAAGGAGCUGGACAACACCAUCGCUGUUCUCAUCAGAUAUGGACUCGUCGAGCGGACUCUCCUCGAAUACUGUGUCGCUACACCAAACAAGUCUUCCCCGACAGAGACUAGGCCCCAAAGAGCUGCGACUGUCAGCACCAUUGACUCGGAUCGACGUGAACCACAUCUGCUCCCGCAUGACUCCAGCAGUCUGGAAAAUAUAGUUGAGGCUCGUCCAGACAGCCGAUUGGAUGAACCCUCUUCCCAGUCAGUCACCUACAGCAUCGACAUACUCCGCAUACACACCGUUGUUCAAACCGUCCUGCGAGAUGAGCUGAGAUUCCGAUACGCGGAUCAACCAGCACAGUACUGGGGGUGGCUCUGCAUUGCCUCUAAAAUGCUGACUCACUCUUAUACCGUUGCAGACGGCAAGAUCAAGAGCACUGAAGGAAGAGGACUCGUCCGCGACUAUCGCGAAUACGACACUCAAGCUGCCCGGUUGUGGUCACAUUUCCCCAAAUCUUCAACCGAUGCAUCUCCAGUCCUGCGUAGAACACGCCACAACCUACAUGAAACAAUUCGAGCAAUCAAGCAAGAGAUCAAGAGUCAAUCACCCUCCCAAUCGAUAGAUACCCUCAAUCACCAAGUCCAGUUUUCUGUCUUUGAGCGAGCGAAUAGCACGUCAUCGGAUAGCCCUACGACUACGAGCAGUGACUUGACGCGGACGUCUACGUGGACGCCAGAACACGCUGAUAAUCAGACCGAGUCACCAGUUCAGAUGCAUUCCGGCCUCGACACGGAUGAUGUGGGAUCUGAGGACAGUUGGACGGAGCGGUGGUCGCAGUCUGGAAUGGGUAACUCCAGAGUUCUUGUUCCUGGCGCGGUUCUAAGUCGACGUCCAAGCAAUUCCGAGGUAUCCACAACUGGACUGACUGAAGCCAGCUCCAAUACUGCUCGUCGAUCCUCGAUACUCCAUGCCUUGUUCCAAGGACACCCUUCACAGGUCAAGAAGCCUAAGGAUCUCGGCGAGUGGAAAGCCAUACCCGUACCACCAUCGCUUUCUCAGGAACAAGCACAAGCCCGAUCGCGAGCCUCGUCAUUUACAAGCGGGAGCGACGAUCGGACGACAAGACCAACAUCCACUGGCUCCGAAGCAUCUGGCGCUCUUGCCGCAAUACACCGAGCCAGUCCCCCACCUUCAAGAGGUGGAAGGAUCAAGUCGCCGACCCGUUCGCAGUGCGGCAGGCCGGCAUCAGAAGACGGUCGUCAACCACUCUCAGUCAAAUCUCCCAAUCAAAAACUGUCACCAUUGGCCACGGCAUUCCAGCCUGGGAAAUCUUUGCCCGUUGACUCAGAGGUGCCUAGAAGGCACAGUCGUCAUCCCUCAUCAUCGCCUCGACUGAUACAGACGGCUUUGAACAACCAGGCAGCAACGAGGACAAUUCCGAUCAUCCCGCCUGACGAGAAUAUGGCUUCCCAAGCCGCCGAUUUCUACUCUAAAUCAGUUCCCAUGAUAAUACGGCCUGUCCCUUCCGGAUAUACUUCGCAGCCCAUGUCACGCGAUUCAUCUAGGGAAUCCAACGUAUCACUUGCGACAGCCCCUCCAGCGGUCCCUGGAUCGGCGUCGUUAGGCACGUCUCCACAGAUACGGGAGCCUUACCUCUACAGCAGACCUGGCCUAGCGUCCAUCGAUGUGGUAGCGGCCAAUUCAUGGGAGGAUGCACUGGCUGGGGUUGGUGAGCUUGCCACCACUUCUCCUCCUGCACCAGGUCUGGCUUUUGAUGAAGGCGCUAUCUUUGAAAGAUAUCAUGAAAGAUUCGGAAGCAGUGUUCAAUUCGGGAACAUGUCACCUGUAGAGCUUGAUCAGGCACGAGCUCGAGUAUCGCUUGCUCGAGAACACAGUGCCGAUGGGAGGGUUGGAAGAGCAGGGCGAUAG